AUGUCUGCUCUAGGUUUGAAAUUUGGGCGCUUAAGGUGUACGAAUUGUAUCUCCGUUUAUAAAAGGACGUUUACGAAAAAUGUUGCAGCAGAUGGCGCUUAUUCUUCUACAAAACCGACAUUAGAUGCUAAGAAAAUUGUGGGAAGCUAUGCGACCGAUUUGAAAUCGGCUUUGGGGAAUAAUAGUUUGGAAUCAGUUAUGCCCAACGUUGAACGCUUGGGGAAUCUUGGAGAAAUAGACUGGUACCAUUCUUUUCAUGGUCUUGGGUCUAAGCCUUUUAAUGCUAAAGUGCAGAUGGCUGUUUCAAAGCCUCUAGCCGUGGGUGAUGUUGAAAUUAAGCCUGAUGGACUUUUAUAUUUACCGGAAAUCAAGUACCGUAGGAUUCUUAACGCGGCUUUUGGAGCAGGUGGAUGGGGGUUGGCUCCUCGUUCCGAGACUAUAGUUACUGCGAAGCUGGUAACUCGAGAAUAUGCGCUAAUCUGUCAUGGACAACUCGUCAGUGUGGCCAGAGGUGAACAAGACUACUUCAACGACACUGGCAUCCCUACCGCCGUUGAAGGGUGCAAAAGUAAUGCUCUUAUGAGAUGCUGCAAAGAUCUAGGUAUCGGAUCUGAACUAUGGGACCCGGUAUUCAUUAAAAAAUUCAAGAAGGAGCACUGCAUUGAAAGGUUUGUAGAACAUGUUACUACUAAGAGGAAGAAGAAGAUAUGGUUGAGGAAGGAUAGAGAAAUUGAAUAUCCCUACAAAUUCUGUUGA